CGCCAGCCGGUCCGGCCUGAGUCCCCCCGUUCGCGGUCACGAGCGGCGGUCUUCCGGCCCGGUGCUUCAGCGCCAGAUCGGGUUCAUGGAGCCGGGGCUGUGGCUCCUUUUUGGGCUCACAGUGACCUCCGCUGCAGGAUUUGAGCCAAGCCCCCAGCCUGGGGACGCUGGCAGGAGCUGCAUGCCUCGGGCACUCUCUGUGGCCACUGCAGCCAGGUCUGAGGGGGACGGUGAAGAAACUGUGGCCGGCCCAGGCCGGUGGACUGUGUCCCCGACAGCAGCUCGGGGGCCAACCUCUGGAAGCCCCGGGCAUCAGUCUGGGCAGCAGGUGGCCGAGGGGGACCCUGCGCUGCACCGAGCGAGGCGCUGCACGUGCUUCACCUACAAGGACAAGGAGUGCGUCUACUACUGCCACCUGGACAUCAUCUGGGUCAACACCCCCGAACAGACUGUGCCCUAUGGGCUGUCCAACUACAGAGGAAACUUCCGGAGCAAGAGGUCUGUGGGGCCAUUCCGGGGGGGCCCUCAGCCCUCUAGGACGUACUUGCGCUGUGCUUGUGUGGGGAGAGAUGACAAGGCCUGCCUGCACUUCUGCACCCAGAACCUGGAAAUCAGCAGGACAGCAGGAAGACCAGGCCGAGAGGCAGAGGGUGCCGUCGCCGACGGAAGCCUGCGUCGAAGGAGGACAGGUUGAAGUCGAAGACAGACAAGGCGAGUGGGCCUUAGAUUGCCAGCCUCCAGAGCUUGCCCCGAGUGGACCUCGCCCAUGCUGCCUGCCUGCCCUGCUGUCUCUUCCUGCAAGCACUCCCCAGGAGGCGGCUGCAGCACCCGUCCCUGGAGGCCGCAGC